AAUAGAUAUGGUAGAUGCAGAGUGUUUUAACCACAGUAGGGAAAUCAAGGACAUAGCUUAAAGGUGAGAGGGGAAAGAUUUACGAGGAACCUGAGGGGGGAUUUAUUUCACACGGAAGGUGGUGGGUAUAUGGAACGAGUUGCCAGAGGAGGUAAUUGAGGGAGGUACAUUUAAAAGACACUUGGACAGAUACAUAGAUAGGAAAGGUUUAGAGGAAUAUGGGCCAAAUGCAGGGAGGUGGGACUUGUAUAAAUGGGGCAUCUUGGACCAAGAUGGGUUGAAGGUCCUGUUCAAAUGCUAUAUGACUCCAUGAAUCUUCUCCUUGUGAAACUUCUCUGCACCCUCUCUGGCUCAAUGACUCCAUUCCUAAAGCAAUAUGAACUAACAGAUGAUAAAAGGUAAUAAUUCCAAAAAAGCAAGCAUUUUCCAAUGGGACAAUUUGGUGAUACUCGAAUUGGCAUUGAUGCAAAAUGUAGGGCCCAUUGGCCACACCAGUAGACUAUUGGGUGCAGUCCAAUUCCUGGCUGAUUACAGGGUGGGCGGGGGUCGUUGGAUUGCCAGCUGGCGGUGAUGGGAGGUGUGUGGCUUAGUAUUUUAAAGCUGCUUCGGUUAAAUCACGAGCAGGGGUUGUGUUCGUUUUGCAGGCAGAGACAGAGAAGGGGGGUAGGAUGGUCUGAGCUCAGAACACUUGACCCCCCCCCACAUCUCUGAAGAAGCCUGCUCGAGUUUGCAACGGGGAAAAGGGUUCAACUCCGCGCUCCAAGUCGGAGAAGUGUCACCCAAGUUCUCUCUCUGUUCCUGUAAAGUUUCUCUCGCCGGCCGGUUCAUUUCCUCCGGCUUGUGUUUUCCCGGGUUCUGCCCCUCUGUCGAUGUCAGUGUUUCCUGUGUUUGUCAGUGAGGCUGCGGCGACUGGGGCAGUGGAGAGAGAGAGAUAUUCAGCAUGGAGUGAUAGUAACCGGGUGAAGAAGCUCUUCACCUCGGCCAGGUGCUGGCGGGCGAGCGGGCGGGGAACAUUGCAACAACUUUUCAAUCCUCUUCGACAAAAGUGGCUCGAAGAUGGCUCGAGAUGUCCCAGCCAAGAGCCUGGAUAACAUUGAUCUCUCCUGCUUGCGGGAUCCUGCAGGAAUAUUUGAGUUGGUGGAAGUGGUUGGCAAUGGGACCUAUGGCCAAGUCUACAAGGGUCGUCAUGUGAAGACUGGACAACUAGCAGCCAUUAAGGUUAUGGACGUCACAGAGGGUGAAGAAGAGGAAAUUAAACUGGAGAUUAAUAUGCUGAAGAAAUAUUCUCAUCACAGGAAUAUUGCAACUUAUUAUGGGGCUUUCAUCAGAACAAAUCCUUCAAACCAUGAAGAUCAACUGUGGCUGGUAAUGGAGUUCUGUGGAGCAGGUUCUGUCACUGACUUGGUCAAGAAAACCAAAGGCAACUGCUUGAAGGAAGAUUGGAUCGGGUACAUCUGUCGGGAAGUCCUGCGGGGAUUGUCCCAUCUACACUCUCACCACGUCAUUCAUCGAGAUAUCAAAGGACAAAAUGUGCUGCUGACUGAGAAUGCAGACGUAAAGCUUGUUGAUUUUGGAGUCAGCGCCCAACUGGACAGGACCAUGGAGAAGCGGAAUACUUUCAUUGGGACUCCUUACUGGAUGGCACCUGAAGUGAUAGCGUGUGACGAGAAUGCAGAUUCCACGUACGAUUACAGGAGUGACCUGUGGUCGUUGGGAAUCACGGCAAUUGAGAUGGCAGAAGGAGCUCCUCCUCUCUGUGAUAUGCAUCCCAUGAGGGCUCUCUUUCUCAUCCCACGAAACUCUCCCCCCAAACUGAAGUCAAGGAAAUGGUCAAAGAGGUUCAUGAACUUUGUGGAAACCUGCCUGGCAAAAAACUACUUGCAACGACCUUGCACUGAAACACUGUUGAAGCAUUCAUUCAUCCGUGACCAGCAACAUGAGCGACAGGUUCGCAUAUUGCUGAAGGAUCACAUCGACAGGACCAGGAAGAAGAGGAGUGAGAAAGAUGAAACGGAAUAUGAAUACAGUGGAAGUGAGGAAGAUGAAGAUGGAUUGAAUGAAGAAGAAGGAGAGCCAAGCUCCAUUGUGAACCAGCCAGGAGAGUCCACCCUGCGCCGCGAGUUCCUGCGUCUCCAGCAGGAGAGUGCGAGCCGCCCAGCGUCCCAACAGCAGCAGCAGAUACACCAGCAGCAACUGCGGGAUCAGGAGCAGUACAAGAAGCAACUCCUGGCCGAGCGGCAGAAGCGUAUCGAGCAGCAGAAGGAGCAGAGGAGGUGGCUGGAAGAUCACCACAAGAUGGAGGAGAAGCAGCGAAAACAGCAGGAGGGUGUGAAGAAGCCCGAGCUUAAAGAAAGGCACAGGAAGGAAGAGAGGAGUCGUGGAGAGGAGGAACAGAGAUGGGCGGAGGAGGAAAGGUGGAAGAUGGUGGAAGGCAAAAGGAAAGCUGAGAAAAAACAGGUCGAUGGUCUUUCUGAAUCUCGGAUGAAUGAAACCUCUAAAGUAAUGGAUGUUCCUCAACGGCAGGGAGCAGAAAGACUGAAGCUGAUGGAUGAUGGCCUUGCCGCACCACGCACUAAGCUGGGCAAGUUGGUUCCUGGGGCUUCAGUACCUGCAGACGCCGACCCAACCAAUGGAGGCAGAACAAGUCACAUCAACUCUGCUCUAAAAAGGCCCACAGACCUACAGGAUCUGAACCCAAAUGUGUUUAGAAGCCAACUAUUCAGCUCCGCUUCCAUUCCCGAUAUGGGCAUGAUUCCAACGUCGCCUGAACAGGAUGAUGUGUUUUGGGAAGAUGCUUCUCCACCUCCCAAGGUUCCUGAAAGAACUGUGUCCAAAUCGUACAGCAAAGAUCAAAUAAACAGUCACGCCAGCCGUAAAAGUACUUUCAGCUUUGAACUACAGCCCCUGUGGGAGAGGGUGGAGAGCCCACUAGCCAAGCACGUUACAGGCAAUUCCCCCAGCAACACUUCGCAAACAGGAGGUCAAAUUGGUUCCCGCACUGCAUCGGCUCCUCUUCUGACUUCAUCCACCCCAAGUCACAACCAACAGCGCAGGAGAUGUGAAGAGAAAAGGAGUUUUCCCAUUUCUCAACAUCGCACGGAGAUGAUUACAUCAGGCAGAGGAAAGUCUGCCUCCACUCCCUUUUUCAAGGCCACAGAUUACUCCUCUUCAAGUGAUGAAAUUGGCAGUACGGAUGAAGAUGACGAACUAAGCCACGACAAAAUAGAACCUCUGCACGGCAGAUCCAGGCAACCUGUCAGUUUAAGCAUCAGUGACAUGCAGUGCAUCAACGCAAAGGGUCAGGAUGGAAUCGAGCUGCAACCACACAGCACCUUGAAUGAAGUCCAGAGCCUAGCAGGGCAGGAGGGUGGCAGAAGGCACGACUGUCCAGGCUUCCUCCAUCCAGUACAUCACCUCCCGGACCUUCUCCAGCAAAGCCACCCCACAAACACCUCGGCUGACCACCAAGAACCCGGGCAGACCCUCCUCAACGAGAUCGCAGCUGACCAGGAUCAAUUGGUGGAAAGUCCACAACCUAAAGGUAGUUCUUCAUCUUCCUCGUCGUUCACAACAUUCAUUGACCCCAGACUCCUGCAGGUAUCUCCAUCCAGCCCUACAGGAACUCCAGCAGGUAGUAAAUCUGAGCCUCAUCAAAGCAACUGUGCAAGAAAAGGAUCAGUCGUAAAUGUCAAUCCCACAAAUAUACGGCCGCAGAGUGACUCGCCAGAAAUCCGCAAAUACAAGAAGAAAUUUAAUGCCGAGAUACUUUGUGCGGCUUUAUGGGGAGUUAAUCUGCUGGUGGGCACGGAAAAUGGACUCUGGUUACUGGACAGAAGUGGACAGGGCAAAGUGUAUUCCCUCAUCACCCGAAGACGCUUCCAACAAAUGGAUGUGUUGGAGGGACUGAAUGUACUCAUCACCAUAUCAGGGAAAAAGAACAAGUUGAGAGUUUACUACUUGUCGUGGCUUCGAAACAAGAUCCUGCGUAAUGACCCGGAAGUGGAGAAGAAGCAAGGAUGGGUGCCUGUUGGUGACAUGGAAGGCUGCGUCCACUACAAAGUUGUUAAAUAUGAAAGGAUAAAAUUCUUAGUUAUUGCACUGAAGAAUUCUGUUGAAGUGUACGCCUGGGCCCCAAAACCAUACCACAAAUUUAUGGCAUUUAAGUCAUUCUCGUCUCUCCCACAUAAACCGCUGGCAGUGGAUCUCACAGUUGAGGAAGGCCAGAGACUGAAGGCAAUCUAUGGUUCUACUUCAGGGUUCCACGCCAUUGACGUUGAUUCGGGAACAGUUUAUGACAUCUACCUUCCAACUCACAUUCAAGGCAGCAUUCAGCCACACGCUAUAAUCAUCCUUCCAAACACUAACGGGAUGGAGCUGCUGGUUUGCUACGAAGAUGAAGGGGUUUACAUCGAUACCUACGGACGGAUCAUAAAGGAGACAGUCAUGCAGUGGGGAGAGAUGCCGUCUUCGAUCGCCUACAUCCAGUCAAAUCAUGUCAUGGGUUGGGGAGAGAAAGCGAUUGAACUUCGUUGUGUGGAGAAUGGACGUCUCGAUGGAGUGUUUAUGCACAAGAGGGCACAGAAACUGAAGUUCCUUUGUGAGAGGAAUGACAAGGUGUUCUUUGCCUCGGCCCCAUCUGGUGGAAGCAGCCAGAUUUAUUUUAUGACACUUGGCCAGAACUCACACUUGAACUGGUAGCCUCUAUGAGACCUGAAUGCACACCUUGUGUGUGUCGGAUUGCACUGAAGUGAUCAUUUCUAUGUACUCACACCACACUGGCUUUCAAGUAAUUAUUGCCGGCUGCACCCAUUACAACCAAUGACACAACUUGGAAUAAGAGGCUGUCGACGAUGACGGAAACUGGCUUCUGUAAUUCUGCUGAUUUAUAUUUAUAGAUAGUAUCCAUGUAAUUGGUAAUGGUCAGGUGUGCUGUCGCAACCAAUAUAUUAUUGUAAUGUUAACCGAGAGAUAGCUCAGUGUAUCAGCUGUGAGUGGAUAUACAUGUGCACAAACCUUUUGCACAAUCUCGUCUUUGCAGUUUACGCCCCCAACAAGUGAUUCACCAGUUUACCCCAGUAUUUUGUAUAUUCAGUUUAAAUGGGAUUUGUGUUGUCUUGUCAGUGCCAAUGUUGAGAGAAUUAAUGUACUGUAUUUCAUGUGAAAAUAAUUCUUCGGCAGUGCACCUUUUCAAAAUGUCUUUCUGCCAUUUCCAAUAGUCAGAGAGAUGGAAACAGACCCUUCAGCCCAACUAGUCCAUGCCGACCAAGAUGCCCCAUCUAAGAUGGUCCCCAUUGGACACUAUCCCUCUAAACCUUUCCCACGCUAAAAAGACCAUUUCAAUUCAAUAUUAAUUCAAAAGAGUGAUAUUCUUUGCCUGAGUUUAGAAGAUUUUUUGAGAAGGAUGGUUAAUUGAUUAUUCAGAGUUGAUUGGUUGAUUGAUGAAUAGGUACACCUUGGAAACAAGCUAUUCGGCACAGAGAGCUGAUUAUUGAUCACCUGUUCCUAGUAGUUCUCUAUUAUCCACUUCCUCAUCCACUCCCUACAAACUGGGGGCAAUUUGCAGAGACCAAUUAGCUUACAGCCUCUAAAAAAUUUAGCAGGAACAAAAUAAAUUUGAAGCGAUAUUCGAGUCUACUUUUACCAGAGCACUGGCUGGAUUAGGGGGUAUUAGCUACAAGGAGAGGUUGGACAAACUUGGAUUGUUUUCUCUGGAACGCUGGAUAUAAGUACAUACAAUUAUGAGAGGAAUAGAUAGUGUAGACAGUCAGAAUCUUUUUUCUAGGAUGAAAAUGUCAGAUCCUGGAGGGCAUAGCUUUAAGGUGAGAGGGGCAAUGUAUGAAGGAGAUAUAUGGGACAAGUUAUUUACACAGAGAGUGGUGGGUGCUGGGACACCCUGCCAGGUGUAGUGGUGGAGGCAGAUAGGACAGAGGCAUUUAAGAGGCUUUGGCACAUGGACACAGGCACUGGAGGGAUCUGGAUCACAUGCAGGAAGAGAAUAUUAAAAAGACACUUGGGCAGGUACAUGGAUAGGAAAGGUUUAGAGGCAUAUGGGCCAACACACAGGCAAAUGGGACUUGCUUACAUGGGUAUCUUGGCUAGCAUGGACAAGAUGGGACGAAGGGUUUGUUUCCAUGCUGUAUGGCGAUGAGUUUAAUUUGGUAUCGGGUUAGGCAUGGAUGCUGUGGGCCGAGGGGUCAGUUCCUGUGCUUUAUGUUCUAGGAGCACUGCAAACAUUUCUCUUUGAUCAGCCAAUAUGUUUAAUGUUUUAAACACCUCAGCCUGGUUUUGCAGAUCAAAGGUAUAGGAAGGAACUGCAGAUGCUGGUUUAAACCAAAGAAAGACCCAAAAUGCUGGAGUAACUCAGCGGGACAGGCAGCAUCUCUUCUUCAGAUGUCAGCAGAUCUUCAGUCUUUAGAAGACCCGAAACAUCACCAAUGCAUUCUCUCCAGAGAUGCCGCCUGUCCCACUGAGUUACUCCAGCAAUUUGUGUCUAACUUUUCAGAACGAAGAGUAGACUUUAAUAUUUUUCCAGUCGCAAUUACAGCUAAAAAAUCCCACACAAGGGCACCAGGUCAACAAUCUUCCCUGAACAGAUCUUUGUGUUUAACCUUCCACUCUUCUGAUGUUUUCCUCAAAUUGGAUUUCCGAAUACAUUUUUCCACGCAAAGGGUUAAAAUAAAACCGGCUGAUGAAGGCGUGGGCCCAGGCGUGAUAAAACCAUUUGAGGACUGCAGCAAAGUUCAUUGCAGAAUCCCUUUAUAUUAACAAGAAAGGUUUUCAAUUCCAGCUGAAAGCAUGCCUUCGGUUGUUUUUAGAACUUAGUACUGCACAGGAACGAGCUUUACAACCCACAAUGUUUGUACCAAGUAAAACUGAUCUCGUCUGCCUGUACAUGAUCCCUAUCACUCUAUUCCCUGUGCUUUCAUGUGCCUAACUAAAAGUCUCUUAAACACCACUAUCAUAUCUGCUCCACCACCACCCCUGGCAGUGUAUUCCAGACCCCAACCACUCUCUGUGGGAAAAAACUUGCCCUGCACAUCUCCGUUAAACUUUCUCCCUCUCACUCCAUGCACUCUAGUGUUGGACAUUUCCAUGCUGGGAUAAAGGUCCAUGAUAAUUUUACACGAUAAUUUCCUUUAAUUUGGUUGUUGAAAUUAACCAAAAAUCUCCAAAAAAAAAAUAUUUUUCCAAUGUUUCUCUUUGUAAAAGAAAAUGAACAAGAAAUGUGUAUCAGAAACAGGGCGACACAGUGGUGCAGCAGUAGAGUUGCUGCCUUACAGCGCCAGAGACCCAGGGUUCGAUCGUGCUGCCUGUACGGAGUUUGUAUGUUCUCUCUGUGACCAUGUGAGUUUUGUCCUGGUGCACCGGUUUCCACCCACAUUUCAAAGACGUGUAGGUUUGUAGGUUAAUUGAUUUCUGUAAAUUAUCCCUAGUGUUUUGGAUUGAACUAGUGUACGGGUGAUUGUUGGUCAGUGUGGACUCGUUGGGCCGAAUGGCCUGUUUCCAUGCCGUAUCUCUAAAUUAAACUAAAGCCAUUAGACACUGGUAUUAAACAAGGGAGUUGCAUAAAAUAUAUGCCAAUUCAUUAACAUUUUGAAAUAAGAUUUAGGUUAAAGAUUUAGGUUAAAAUCAGUAUCUUUUUGUCUGCUAUUUCCCUUGCUUCCCAUCCCAUCAUAAAUACUGCCACUGUUCAGUAGACACCUAACCUGAUUAGCAAGUCGCAAGGGACUUUAAUUUUUUUUCCCUCCACACUUACAUACAAAUCUAAAAUCAGUUAUUAUGCAUCCUUGGGGGAAAGAAUUGAAAGCUGGAAGAGUUGAAAAAAAAAGAGAUGAAAAUGAGCAAAGCAGCAGAGGGUAACACAAGAGAAUGAGAAAAUGUAGGAAGGAGUGGGCUGUGAUAAGCGAGAGAGAGAAUGAGAAAGAAGGUGAGUAGAACGAUGAGUGACUAUGGGACGUGCAGGCAGAGGAAGUGAAAGGAAGGAGUGAAGAAAGUGAAGAGGAAAAUGAAGGAGAAGAAAUGGACAGGCAAAAGGGAGAGUGAGAAGGGAAUGAGCCAGGAGGGAAAUGAGGGAAACUAGAUGAGAAGAUGAAUGAACCUAAGACUUGAGGAAAAAUCAGCUUAAAAGGAAAAGCAAUGAAUUGACAUGAAAUACAAGGAGUAAGAAAAUCAGAUCUAUCUACAAAGAUAAUCUUUGCUUCAUAAUAUUCAGGGCUUUUGUCAUCUAAAAUGGUAUCUAGUUUGACCCAAUGGCCUUAAAGAGACUUUUGGAUAGGAAAAUUGAUAUGCAGAAAAUGGAGGAAUAUGGAUUAUGUGUAGGCAGAUAAGAUGUGUAGAAAAGAACUGCAGAUGCUGAUUUUUACACGAUACCCAAACGUUUUAAUUCCCCUUCCCAUUCCCAUAUAGACCUUUCUAUCCUGGGCCUCCUCCACUGUCAGUGUGAAGCCACACACAAAUUAGAAGAACAGGACCUCAUAUUUCCCUUGGGCGUCUUACAACCCAGCGGUAUGAAUGUUGAUUUCUCUUAUUUCAGGUAAUUCCUACAUUCCCUCUCUUCCCCACCCCCUCACUUCCCCCACUCUAAUCAUCCUACUAGUUCCACUGUUCGUAUCCUUGUAUCCCCUUGUUAUCACCUCUUCCCCAGCCAACAAUGGGCCUCUAUGGGCUCCACCCUUCCUUGGUCAUCUGUUGCUGGCCCUGCUUUUUCUGCCCUUUUCUUACCUCCAGUUCCCUCCCCUCUACUUUCAGUCUGAAGAAAGGUCCCUACCCGAAACGUCGCCCAUCCUUUUCCUCCAGAGAUGCAGCCUGACCGGCUGAGUUACUCCAGCACUUUGUGUCUAUCUCAGGCUGAUAAGAGUUGGUCUUCACAUUAUGUUUCUGCACAGUCAUUAUAGGCCGCAGGGCCUGCUCCUGUGCUGUACUUUACUGUGACUGAGUCUGAGGGAGAUCAUUCCCAUUAAUCCUCAAGAAAUUGACAACAGGAUUGGCUCUCGAUUGAUACUGAAUGUUGUAUAAAUGUAAAACUGGCUGUAAAGGCAGCUGACCCAAUUGGUUGGACACUAGAGCUGGUUCUGCAUUUGAGGUGCAUUCAUCCUAUGCCAUUAUAUGUUUGUUCAGAUUUGAACAUCUGCAUCUCUCUAAUUCCUUCUCCGUCCCAGCUGUAGUCAAGUAGCCACUGCUUUCUCAUCUAGGGAACCAAGUGUAUGCAUCUGAGGCCCUCUUCAGGGGCCGAGUACAAAACCAAAUCUGGUUUUCCAUGGCCCCAUCAAUUGAGGUAUAUGGAUUGAAAAGAUUUUGGAGGGAGAUGCAGGGAAGUUGAGGCGGUUAGGCAAGUUGGUCAGCGUGGGAAAGUUGGGCCGAAGGGCCUGCUUCCAUGACGUUAUAGCCAUGAUUCUCCCUGCUCUUCCUGGGGGAUCAGGAUGCUCCCAGGGCAUUGUUUGAGGUUGAGAAAAGCAAAGGAUUUAUCCACGUUUUCAUGUGGCAACUUUGUAAAACAUUUGUUAGAACGCAUUUAGAGUAUUGUGUGCAGUUUUGGUUGCCCCAUUACACAAAGGAUGUGGAAGUUUUGGAGAGGGUGCAGAAGAAUGUUGACUGGAUCAGAGGGUAUUAGUUGUAAGGAGAGGUAAGACAAAAUUGGAUCAUUUUCUCUGGUGCAUUGGAAACUGUGGGGCGACCUGAUAGAUUGAAAUAGCAGUAUAUGAAAUGACGAGAGGCCUAGAUGGAGUCGACAGUCAGAACCUUUUCCCUAACAUUAAAAUGUCAACGAUUAGAGAGCAUACAGUAGGUUUAAGAUGAGAGGGGCAAACUUUAAAGCAGAUGUACAGGGCAUGUUUUUUAGCAAGAGGGGCAUGGGAAUGUGCAGCCAGUGUUGGUGGUGGAGGCAGAUACGAUAGUGUCAUAUAUGAGGCUUUUUAAAUAGGCAUAUGGUUAUGCAGGGAAUGGAAAGGUAUGGAACACAUAAACACAUUGCCAGCAGAGGGGAUUAGUUUAAGUUAAGAUCGUGUUCAGCACAGACGUUGUGGGCUGAAGGGCCAGUCCCUGUGCUGCACUGUUCUAUAUUGACCUGUCCUUUGCUCUGAAUCUGGUCCAUUUUAUCUUGGGGGUUUGUCUGCCGCUUUGUAUUGCGGAGUGCCGGAAGGAAAACCAGAUACAUUGACUCAGUGUUGCCCACAUCUGGGACCUCAGAGCUACUGAUGUGUGUAGUUGGGGCCCCAUGACUGAAGCAGUCAACAGUGUCCUUGCAACAACUGUAAAAUGCACAAUUUACAGCACACUCCAAUUACUGACCACACAUUACACAACUGCAGGAAAAGGUAGCACUUGCUACCUUUAUAAAGCACUGGUCAGACCACAUUUGGAGUAUUGUGAGCAGUUUUGGCCCCAUAUCUGAGGAAGGAUGUGCUGGCAUUGGAGAGGGACAAGAGGAGGCUUACAAGAAUGAUCCCAGGAAUGGUUGGGCUAACAUAUGAUGAGCGUUAGACGGCAAUAGGCUUGUACUUGCAGGGGUUGAGAUGGAUGAGGGGGACCUUGUUGAAACUUACCGAAUAGUGAAAGGUCUGGAUAGAGUGUAUGUGGAGAGGAUGUUUCCACUAGUGGGAGAGGUCAGGAACAGAGGCCAUAACCUCGGAAUAAUAGGAUGUACCUUUAAAAAGGAGAUGAGGGGAAAUUUCUUUAGUCAGAGAGUGGUGAGUCCGUGGAAUUCAUUGCCACAGAUGGCUGUGGAGUCCAACUCAUUGGGCAUGUUUAAGGUGGAGAUUGAUAGACUCUUGAUUCGUAAGGGUGUCAGUGGUUAUGGGGAGAAGGCAGGAUAAUAGGGUUGAGAGGGAAAGAUAGAUCAGACAUGAUUGAAUGGCAGAGUAGUCGUGAGUCGUGAUGGGCCGAAUAACCUAAUUCUGCUCCUCUCUUAUGAAUCUGUUAAUUGGAAUGCAUGAUUAUUCAUUGCUUUGAAACAAUCCAUGGUUAGGAGUGCAGUUAGCAGCUACAAAUCUUACUGGUGAAGGGGAAAUUAAUUAUAUCUAUAAUACAAGAUGUUGGUGAGGCCACAUUUGGAGUAGUGCGUUCAGUUUUGGUCAUCCUACUGUAGGAAAGAUGUUGUCAAGCUGGAAGGUGUGCAAGGAAGAUUUAUGAGGAUGUUACCAAGACUUGAGGGCCUGAGCUGUAGGGAGAGAUUGGGCAGGCUAGGACUUUAUUCCUUGCAGUGUGGGAGGAUGAGGUGUGAUCUAAUGGAGGUGUAUGAGAUAAUGUGGGGAAUAGAUAGGGUAGAUGCACAGAGUCUUUUACCCAGAAUAGUAGAAUCAAAAAACAUAGGUUUAAGGGGAAAGAUUUAAUAGGAAACUGAGGGACAACCUUUUCACACCAAGGGUGGUAGGUAUAUGACGUGAGCUGCCAGAGGAGGAAUUUGAGGCAAGUACUAAACAUUUGAAAGGGAUUUCGAUAGGUAGGGGCAUAGGAAAUGUUAAAGUGGAAUAUGGGCCAAAAGAAGACAGGUGGGUCAGGUGUAAAUGGGGCAUCUUGGUCACAUGGGCAGGUUGAGCCAAACGGCCUGUUUCCGUGUUGUAUGACUCUAUGACACCAGUGGAAAUCACCAUCAGUGUCAUGGGGCACUAAGCACAUUCAGAUGAAUGAUUUAAAAACAAAAAUGCUUGCGCUGCUUACCAGGUCAGGCAGCAUCUAUAGAGAGAGAAAGAAUCUUACAGGCAGAUGAGCUAUCAGCAAAACAGGAAACUGAGGAAGAGAAAGCACGUGAGUUUUGUUGCAGAGAAUAUGGAUAAUGGAGAAACCAAAGGGAAUGUACUUGGUAGGAUGGAGACCAAGGUUGUCCAAGUGAAUUAAUGAUCAGAGAGGGUGAAUAAUGUAUAGGUGACCUGCCUGGAGGAGAUGUAAGUAGAGGGAGAUGAGAAACGACUUUGGAGGAUAAAAAUCACUGGAAUUGUGAGAAUGAGAAAACUGCAUUUGCUGAAUGUUAGCUUGCAGGUAGGGGAAUGAUAAUAUUGCAGGAAAUGAAGAGACGUGAUGAGUUAGAGCAAAUGGUGUUGAUCUAAAAGACCACAUUUAAUAAUUGAGUAGACAUAGGGAUUGAAUGGCCUACACCUGCUUCUGUUAUUUAUAGAAUCAUAGAGUGAUACAACGUGGAAGCAGGCCCUUCAGCCCAACUUGCCCACACCGCCCAACAGGUCACAGCUGCCUGCAUUAGGUCCAUAUCCCUCCAAACCUGUCCUAUCCAUGUACCUGCAUAACUGUUUCUUAAACGUUGGGAUAGUCCCAGCCUAACCAAUGGUCUCUUGGUGGGUGGUCUAAGGGCAUCGGACCUCCUCUGACUCUCUCUAGCUGGGGCUUAUCACUUUCCCUGCAAGGACAAUUCUCCUGAGCCUACCAGUCAGCCGCCCAGUUCCAAAAGGUAAUUUGUUUCUCCUUCCCUCUCUCCACUCUUCCACUGUCAGGAUCAACUAACCAUAUUUCAGCGAUGAGUUGAAGCCUUCAGCGGGUACCUGCAAGGACCUGUUGUACAUCUCGGCCACCUUGAGUAUUGCACUCAAGGUGGGGAAACAGAGGAACAAUCCACAACGUCCAAGAUUUCCUUCUCCCCACCCUCGUCCAUCCCAUGAAAGAUAGAGACUCUCCAUUCAAACCCCACCGGUAGAGUUGCUGCCUUACAGUGCCAGAGACACGGGUUUGAUCCUGACUACAGAUACUGUCUGUACGGAGUUUGUACCUUUUCUCCGGGAGUUUCAGUUUCCUCCCACACUCCAAAGACGUACAGGUUUGUGGGCUAUUCGGCUUGAUAAAAUUAUAAAUUGGCCCUAAUGUGUGUUGGAUAGUGCUAAUGGCGGGUAUAGCUAGACGGCAUGGACUCGAUGAGCCGAAGUGUCUGUUUCCGUGCUGUACCUCUAAACUAAACUAAACUAAACUCUCAGGCUGAAUAUAAACUUUUCCAAAUGCAUCCAUGCUGGGAUUCACCGUUAAAGUUUAACCCCCAGGUAUUUUAUGGCCUGUGUUUACUUGAGAAAUUAUCAAUAUACGUAGAUGGAGAAACUUUUUUUAUUAAAUUGCACUGCUUAACGAAUGUUGUAAAUGCGAUUGAAAUUGUUACAAAUAUCAAUAAAAUUGUUGCGUUGAAUGUU